AUGGUGCAUCUAACGGAGCUGCGGAUCGUGCUGCCCUUCACAUUGGACGAGUUCAAGCGCGGGCAGCGCUAUGCCAACUGGCGCACCAACGAGGAUGCCACGGAACCCGGCCAGGGCGGCACUCUGCUGUCAUCAACGCCAUACUACCACGAGCAGCAUGGGGAGGGCCUCUUCACGCACAGCCUCUUUCGCCUGGGCAACCGCCUCCCUGACUGGGUGAACCGGCUGGUGCCGCCAUCAGCGCUGGUGGUGGAUGAGAAGAGCUGGAUCAACUACCCCUACUUCCGCACCAUCAUCACCAUCCCCUUCUUUAGCAAGGUGCGUGUCGGCAUUAACCUCCCAUCCCCUCUCACCCUCAUGUCCAUCAUCGCCACCAGAACCCAACUCACCAUCCCCCCCCCAAUCCCUCUCUCCCCAGCUACGCAUGGAGAUAGAGACCAUUCACCUGCAGGACGGCGCCUCUCACCCCAACGUCCUGGAGCUCUCUUGUUCCCCCUCCUCUCACCCUUUUCAACGCCUACUCUCCCCCCCUCUUUCUCCCCUCCCCAGCUACGCAUGGAGAUCGAGACCAUUCACCUGCAGGACGACGGCUCGCACCCCAACGCCUUGGGAUUGUCGGCAGCAGAGCUGGCGUUACGGCGGGUGGACUGGAUGGACAUUGGCAGUGAGCCGGUGGCCAAACGGGAUUAUAAGGCGGAGCUGGACCCACUGCUGGUCAAGUCAAAGCUCACAGGGCGAGGUCCCCUAACCCCGGGGUGGCAGAAGAGGGAGCGACCACUCAUGUGUGCGUACAAGGUGGUGCGGGCGCUGGCAGAGUACUGGGGCGUGCAGAACAGCGCUGAGAAGCUGCUCAUCAACUCGCUCAGGCAGAUAUUCCUUCUAGCGCACAAGAACUGCUUCGGGCUCUUAGACCAAUGGUACCCGCUCUCCCUCGAGCAGAUCAUUGCAAUCACCGACAAGAACAAGCCACAAGUCCCCGUCCCAAAGCCCCUCCCUCCUCCCGAACCUGCUGCCGAGCCUGUUCCAAGACCUGCUGCCGAACCUGGAGCUCGUAGCAAGAGGGAGGGGAUGAUAGCGGGCAGUGUGGAAGAGGGGCGGAGGGAUGGGCUGCUGACGAGAGGGAGUGAGAGUGAGAGAGGUGAGGGGGAGGAGACGGAGGAUGAGUCAGAGGAGGAGGAAUCUGAAGAGGAGGAGGAGUGGGAUGAUGAAGUGGUGUUCUACGAGGCGCAGAUGCAAUGGGCAGCAGAGGAGGAACUGUACGGGGAGAAGAUACUUUCAGACCUGGGCCAUCCGCUCUUUCUCUGCUUGGAGCAACCUCCGCCCCUCUGCCCCCUCUGCUGUGCGCGCACACAGAAGCAGGGCGGGGGAGAGAGGUCAGCGGAAGCAGGCAGGGCAGCGCUGCUGCCGCGGCAGGAGUCUGCACCGGCUGUGUUCUGUGUGUCGUGUGGCGAGUUCUUCUGCCCCCGCUGCUUCCAUGAGUUCCACAUCACGCCUCGCUUGCAGCAGCAUGCCACACAUCCCGUGGCUCCUUCCCAGAAGUUUCCUUCCGCCGCCACUGCUGCUGACGCACAGAACGGCUACUCCUCUCCACUCAAUCAGAGUCCACCACCAUCUCAGCCGUCCAUCUCUGCGCGGCACUCUGACUCCUCCCUCACCCACGUUGACUUCUCCGUGCCACCACAGCAAGAGCAGCAGAACCACCACCGGCCGCACCACCGCUACGAGCAGCAGCCAUCCUCUCUGCCUGCAACCACCACUCGCUCCUUCUCCUGGAAGGGUCCCAGAGCCUUCUCUCGCUCCGCCUCCUCCCCUGCCAUCUCCCACACCGCUGCUGCUCCUCCCACUCCUACUGCUGCCACGACCAAUCCCCCCUGGUCCUCUGCUGCCAGUCUUCCUGCCAGCUAUGCAAGGGCAGCAGCUGCUGUUGCUGGCGUGGCUCCUCUCCUGCCUGAGAAUGAUGCUCUCGUGGGUGACUCUGCACCUGUUGAUGCUGCUGUGACUGUCACAAACAGGGAGAAUUUGACUGUUAUGAAGGAGGGAGAUGUGACUGUAGCGGAUGUGCAAGUGGUUCUGGAUUAUCUGGCAUCGGAGGCAGGCACGGCUCAUCGACACAAGCUCCAGCGGUUCAGGAUCCUAUCAGAGCUGCUGGCAGACGUGCAGCCACAGCAGCUGGGACACUCAGAGCGACUGGCCUUCUGGAUCAACGUGUACAACGCGCUUGCCAUGCAUGCGUACCUCGUGUAUGGCCAGCCGCGCAGCCACUACAAGCGAGUCAUGUUCAUGCACAAGUCGGCAUACAUCAUUGCCGGCCUGCCCUUCUCCAUCCUCGCUAUAGAGCACUGCAUUCUAAGGGCCGCUUCCUUUCAACCAGCACUGGCGGGUCUGCUGCCAGUGCAGCGCUACAGGCGGGGGGACGUGCGCUACAGUCUGGCUCUGGACCGGCCUGAGCCUCUUGUCACCUUUGCUCUCAGCUGUGGCUGCGCCUCCGCUCCCCCUGUCCGAGUGUACCACCCUGACAUUAUUCACGAGCAACUGAAAGCAGGUGCCCAGGAAUACAUUCGGGCAAACGUUAAGCUGCAUCCGGGCAGUGGGAAAAUUCUGCUGCCCAAGCUCCUGCACUGGUACAGCAAGGAUUUCGCAAGGAACGCAGUGGGGCUGCUGCAGUGGGCAGCUGAGCAAAUGGAAGACGGGCAGAAGCAAAACAUUUUGCAGGCUAUGGGUGCUGCUGGAGCUUCCAAGAAGGUUCGGCUGGGGAGGGUUCCUGUGCAGGUUCUAGCAUAUGAUUGGACCUUCCAAUAUCUGCUGGCGUGA